UAGUGAAUCAUCAUUAGAUGAAAAACUAACGAGGGGUUUUAUAUAUACACAAAACGCAUUGUGGAAGAGUUUGACUAGUCUUGGUGUGUGGAAGUGUGAGGGCGUGCCUGCGCCUCUCCUUCUCUCCCCUCGCCUGUGCGCGCGCGCGCUCGCGCGCUCGGUGUGAAUGGCGCAGGCUGGCUGAGAGAGAGCGAGCAGAAGGAGAAAUGCGCAGGGCGAGAGGAGCGAGGAAAGCGCCGUCCCCGCGGGAGCCACACUCCGACAAGAAGCUCCUAGAAGCCAACGACCUGCUCAGAUGCGCUGAUGACGGAGGAGCGGCUCCACGCGCUAGGAAGAAGGGCUACAAACCUCCGGAUGUGAGGAGCAUAUUCGGGGCGCAGGGAAGGAGAGGAAAAGGACACGAGUUCACAGAGGAAGCAUCAGCAGGAUGGUGUGAUGUGUGCUGUGUCAUCAUAUUGCAAGGAGGCCUGAUGUGCACAGGUUGUAAAUACACUUGUCACGCACACUGUCGUGAUCAUGUGACACUCGACUGCCAUCAGCUGGGAUCUUCCAACGACGUUCCACUGAGUUCCUUUAGCCAAGACCAUCUCAACAACAACCAGGCCUCCCAAAAUGAUGCUGAGAAGGAGAAAGACCUCCGGACUCAUCUCAGUUAUGAGGAGGUCAAUCACAAGAUCGAGUUGUAUAACACAGCGACGCGAGACCACUUUAAAAUGACACUGAAUCCCGAUGGCAUAUACACAGGCUUCAUAAAGGUGCAGCUGGAGCUGCGGCGGCCCAUCACUGUGACGGGAGAGAAAGCUGGGACGAAGGCAGCCGAGGCGUUUUAUUUGCCCCAGGGCUCUGUAAACACUCUGCACAUCAGCAGUUCCAACACGGUACAGCAGGUGAUCGAGGCUCUGCUACGCAAGUUCACCGUGGCCGACAACCCUGCCAAGUUUGCCCUGUACAAACGCUUCCACCGCGAGGACCAUGUGUGUGUAUGUAAGCUGUCAGAAGGAGAGCACCCUCUGCACCUGCGUCUGCUGGCUGGGCCAAACCUGGACACUCUCAGCUUUGUUCUCAGAGAGCAGCAGACAGGAGAAGUUUUGUGGGAUGCUUUCUCCAUCCCCGAGCUGCACAACUUCCUGCGCAUCCUGGACAAGGAGGAACAGGAACAGGUCCGUGUGAUAACUGCACGCUACAACAUCUACAGAGAGAAGCUGGAAGAGGCACUCCGAGCAACAAGCAACCAUAAUUAACAAUGCUUUUCAAACAAACACACACACACACACACACACACACACACACACACACACACACACACACACACACACACAGAGGGUGAACUGGUGCCUAAUGAAGCACACAGAUUGGGCUGUGAGGUGGCACAUCUCUAUUAGAAACUCUUAACUCCAGAGGACAUGUGGGAUUGCUCUUUUUUGUGUGCCAUGCUUUUACCCAGUGUGCCAUAUUCCCAUCUCUCACACUUUUUUUUUUUUGUGUUCAGUUACCUCUAGAACUUGUGAAUGAUGCAAGCUUGAGAAUCUGUUCUGUUUGAUUCUUUUAUUUAAUUGAUUGAUACUAAGGUUUGUACAUAUUUUUGUUUUUAAUUUAUAUGGGGAAGCUUUGUUCUUUUUUAGUUUGUAUCUAUAUUGUAAGAGUCUUAUUUUAUUUUUAUUAAGUCAUAGCAGCAAUCCAAAGUGAAUGACUAGAGAGAAAGGCAGUAACAGUAGGUGAUAGUUACUGCUGACCUGCAAGAUUUAUUUACCAAAGAAUUUAUGUAAAGUCGAUCCUGUUCAGAUGAAAGUCUGCGCAAAAUUCUUUUAUUUUCAGCCCGGGCCGGUUUUACGUCAGCACUGUGAGGACUGGAGACAAGCUGCAGUGCCAGUGUUAGUAUUACCAGACCUGUCGAAUGACCGCUUAUGAGAAGAGAUUAAACUGACAAUACAUUUGCUAAUAAAGGAUAGUGUUGGCAAUGGAGAAAAGGGAGCAGGAUAUGUAGAAAUGCAAUCGUAACAUGAAGAAGGAUUAUAGAAUGUAGGAAAUUAGAAGUGUUGAUCAAUAUGUUGGUUUUGAGUUAAGUUUGUUCAGUACUUGAUAAAAAAGGCUUCUGAACUCCGGAUAGUAGCGCAUGUUGUCACAGAGCAGAAGCAAUUGCAGGAAGUUGACAUUUAGGGAUAGAGGAAGUUGAAAUGCAUCUAGAGGAACUGUCAUGCUCCAGUCUGGGAACAAACUUAAAUGCUGAACUUCGGCAGAAAGCUGCGAGUGAUUAUAUAUAAUAAUCUCCUUCUUAUCAGGUCCUUUGACAGAGAUAAGAUACAGAAGAAAGGACAAAGCAUGGGCUAUUUGGCAGUGGGCUUCGGGGGAGGGAUGUACCGUUGGACCAGUUCUAAAUAGGCAUUACACAGAGUGAAGAUUAAAGAUGCAUGCUGGAGGAUGCGUUCACAUGGCCAGGCUGUAGGCUGUAAGCGUCUGUAUCGUAUUUCAGCUGCAGCUGUUCUAGAUCGUUCUGCAUGAUACUGUAAAUGUGUUUAGGGGAUACUUUAGAAUCACAUUCUGUCGCCGAACGGGAGGCUCGAUGAUACGCAUUUAACAGAUGGAACAAUCUGAACAGAAAGUUUUACAUUAUUAAACUUAUAUCUCUCUUUUUGAAACUGUUAAAUGUACUGUAGUUCGCAGAAAUCUGCAGAAAUGUGUCUUAUAGUGCAGACAAUCUGUCAGCAGUCUGUCCUACUUUGUCUCGGUGAACAUAUACACCAUACAAAAUUUUCUUUAAUGAUACUUGUGUAUCAGUGGUUGAUUUUUUUUUUUUUUUUUUUAAAUACAUAUAAAUAUAUACCUUUGCAUAUUUUAUGAGAACAAGUCUCUGUUAGUCCUUCAUGAUGGGUUUCUGAUGGAUGUUGCAUUAUAUGGUGUUGCAGCAUCCAUUCAUGCAUUGGGUUUAGUGGUGAUGUGGGGACAUCUAUUGUUUAUCUGCUGUAAUAGCACCUUUACUUCACAGUCCUUUUGCUCAUUUAGCAAUAUUUUCUUUAUUUUCUAUUUUCAAAUGUCAUUUUUUUUUUAAUAACCAAAGAUACAGUGUAAAAUUGCAUAUUUAUAUUACAUUUCUAGAGUAUAUAGAAUUUCGUGCCUGCUGCGGUCACCGUGUGUGUUACUCUAGAUAUAUAGCCUGUGUGGUCAUCUCACCAUGACAACACUUACUCCUAAACACUGGGAUAUAAUAUAUUUUAGAAACAAAUGUUUGAUCAUUGCAGGAGUUUUUAUCAGUGAGAUGCAGUGCAGUGGCUCUGUUCUACAGGGGUCAUUAGGUUCUGACUGAUUCUCACCCAGAGCUCCUGUAAUAUUAGUAGUAGUAGAUAGUAAACCAUUUUGGGCACUUUACAUUGUAAUUCAGGGAAGAGCUUUUAUUUUUGUCAACUUUGGAUGCUUUAAAAAAAGAAAAAUGUCCAUUACUAUAUAACUAAUAUUUUAUUCUAUGAAAGCAUCGCUAUGUCCCAUGGAAGCUUGUCUCUAAGAGUAAAAAGCUUCAGUAGUUUUGUAGAGCAAUACUGUGAAUGUUCCAGCUGUCCAACUGCAUCACAUUUUCUUAACCCGUUCGAUAAAAUCUCCGCUAAACACUAUGAGUAUGUGUAGUACUACUAAAGAAAUUUCCUCUUAUACAUGCAUGCAUUAUAUUAAUCCAUGCAUAUCAGUUCUGGCUGUGAAGGACAUCACUGGCUGGUAUUUUGCAGCACAUGACUUGAUUAUACAGAAAGACGCUCCUGAUUUUUAACCGUAUGAUUAUUGAUACAGAAAUCUCAGUUCAUUCAUGUUUGGGGUUUUUUUGCAACAUUUGCAGGUCUGCCUUCUGAUCGCCAGACAUUGGAAUGUCUACCUUUUUACUGCUUUUAACAAUGUUUAGGGAAUUCAAAUAGAAAAUCCCAAAACAUUACAUAUUCCACUGGCCAUUUCAGAAAUUCAUCUAGUCCAAAAGCUAAACCUGGUCAAUCCUCUUAAAUGAACACGGAGAUGGUUUAAGAUUUGCUGGGCUGCUGUUAAUGAAAAUGGCUGAGACUGAUCAGUGCUGUAAGGUAGACUGUGCCAAAUACAUAAUGUUAUAAUAAAGAUGAUGUAUUUGUGA